CAUCUCAUGAUCAAUGACGUCACAAAAUUGUAUUAUUGUCAAUGAUGGAGUGUCAGAAGUAGGUGUGUGUAUGUUCAAAUGUAUGUAUCCCUAUAACGAGGAAGAUAAUCACAACCCAAAAUAAUGGACGACUCUUUGCAUUAGUAAUUCAGUCAAAAAAUAUAUGCUAUUUGCUUUUUGUAUUUUGCGUUGAUUACCUUGAAAGGAAGAUCGCGAACCAACUUCAUCAAGUCGCUAAUCAAUUUAUAAGGCAGAAGAACGGGAAGUGAGGAUUUCCGGUGUAAAGACUCCCUUGCAAGUGUGCAGUUAUAGAUUGGGAUUCUGAAUCAUGGCUACGUACGGGAGAGGUGAAUUUGGGGGAUUCUCUUCCUAUCAAACAAACGAUUCUCCGAAAGUCACAGGAGGGGGAGGAAGUGAAUUAUCUCGACUGACCAGCUCCAUUAGCAGCAACAUACAGAAGAUCACUCAGAAUGUGUCACAGAUACAAAGCAAUGUGUCGAAGAUCGGAACCCCUCAAGACUCCACUGAAAUCCGUGAAAGAGUACAUCAGAUUACGCACAACACCAAUCAGGUGGCCAAGGAUACAAACAAGGAGAUGAAAGAGCUGGCUCAUCUGACCGUCCCUGUAUCAGAACAGAGUAAAUGGAGGAUGCAGAGAGAUCGAUUGACAGACGAGUUCAGCACGGCGCUGAAAAACUUCCAAACUAUUCAAAGGACGGCGGCUGAGAAGGAGCGAGCGAGCGUGAAUCGAGCGCGAGCUCAGUCAGGAAGCUUUGCUAAGUCUCCAUUUGAGGAUGAAGACCAUGGCAGAGAUGAUCUGGCAAUGGCCCCAGGGUUCUCUCAAACACGACAGAUUUUGCAGAUGGAGGAAGAUGUUGAUCUGGACAUGAUACGUGAGAGGGAGGCAGCCAUUAAACAGCUGGAGAAUGACAUCACAGAUGUGAACCAGAUUUUUAAAGAUUUGGGAAUGCUGGUACACGAACAGGGAGAGAUGCUAGAUUCUAUAGAGACCACGGUGGAGAGUGCUCAAGGUCACGUGGAGAGCGGUCAGAAACAGCUGUUACUGGCCAGCUCUUACCAGAAAAAAUCCCGCAGGAAAAUUGUGUACAUCCUGGUAGUCGUGGCGAUAGUCGUGAUAGCUGUGUCUUUGAUCAUCUAUGCCAUAACCAGCUAGUCUGUCACCAUGGUAACAGUGACUACAAAGAUGCAGCAUUCAAUAUGGCUGACAAUUUCAGCAAAAAAAUUUCCACAAAGGAUAUCACUAAGAAAUAUCAGUAUGUAAUCAGAAUCUGCAUCUUCCCAACUUCAGUGUAUUGUUAAUUAAUUUUAUAGAUUGAAACAUUUCCAGAACUAGAUUUCAGACACAAAACUGGUUUCUAACUCAUGGAAAAUUGUAUAUACAUAGACUGAAAACAUUCCUAUAAAUGACUGUUAGAGGAGGAAAAAUCAGAAAGAAUGAGUUACAUAGGGGGAGAGAGAGAGAGAGCAAGAGAGGGAGAGACUAUUUAUUUCAUUUAAAUGAACUAUAUCUGUUUGCCCAUGAUGCAAUAGUAGUAUUUCUGUGCUAGCAUGUAUUAAACAUGAUGUAAACAGAACUGCUUAGUUAAUAUAAUACUCUGCAACACAGAUAAAUCCCCAGCUUUACCAUGCUUACUAGAACAGCUGUGACAUUUUAGCUUGUGUAUUUUAUAUCUACAUACUUGUGUACAGGUUACAGAGUUUAUUCACUAUAAAGACACUGUGAAUAGUAAUGGCCAGACUGUUACCUCAUGUUAUGUGAGAUAUUUGAUCACGCUUGUAGGUGUUAUGAUGAAUAUGAUUUAGUCAUAAAUUGUCUGUUUAUUACUAUUGUCUAUGUUGUGUUAUAAGAUCGAAAAUACAUUUAUGUAAAGACAAGCAUGCUCUGUUUUCUGAUGAACUUAAUAUUGAAAACACACAAAGUUUUUUGCUGAUCAGAUGCAAUAAAGUGUGUGUGUGUAUUUAUCUGUUA